UCAUCCUUCUGUGCCUGCAGCCYCUGAACUCCCGGCAGGCCAUGGUGAAGAGGCUGUCGGUGGUCAACCUGCAGAACUUUAGGAGGCAGUACGCCAGGCGCAGGUGGAAGCUGUCGUUCAGGAUCGUGGCUUUGUGCAACCAUUUAACCAGAAUCAUGAAGAAGAACCAGAAGCUGGGUGAAGACAACGGGGUAAGAGGGCACUCGCUCAGGGAUCAUUUGGUGAAAUCUGCAUCUAGCCUGAUUGCUGCAUCUUUGCUUCAUUUGAUAUAAACCAGGGAUGGGCAACUUAAAGAAUGAAGGGGUCUGCAAUUUUUUGUUGAC